AUGGCUAAUACUGUAUUAAAUAAAUUCGUUCGCAUAUUAUGUACUUUUUUCAAGAAUGACAAAGGCCACCGAACAUCAAUUGCCGCGAGCUUAGUUCAAGGCGUCUACAUUUUGGAAAAAGAUCGUCAGAACCUUCGGGACAGCCUCCAAGCCCUGGCGCCUCCAUGGUGGAAGUCUUUCAACUUCCAGCUACACAAAGAGCUCUCAGAUGAUACAGAUGCGUCAAUUUUCGGAGCCAUCUACAAGUUCGAAUCCCCACUAAACACUUUUUCCACACUGCACCCUCCUCGGUAUGUCAUUGCAUUCCGAGGCACAGUCCUGAAACCCGAAACGAUAUAUCAAGACAUUAAGCUUGAUCUCGAAGUUACAUGCCUACAAAACAAACUUCAGUACUGUUCCCGAGCUGAAAAGGCAUUAGAAGCCGUCGAAGAACUCAUAGAUGAUGUCGGUGCUGAAGAUGUAUGGCUCGUAGGCCACUCUCUCGGCUCAGCUAUUGCAUUAAUAGUGGGCCGAAACAUGGUAAAACUAGGUUUUCACCUGGAAACCUACCUUUUCAAUCCACCAUUCAGUUCAGCAGCAACAGCACUAGAGCAUUUAAUCAAGAACAAGAUACUGAAACACGGGGCCCGAAUCAUGGGGAGUUUACUCAAGGUUGGACUAUCAGCGAGCCUGACGGGCCAUCACCAUGCCAAAGAUAACCAUUUUAGCCUGUUAUCUAGCUGGACACCUUACCUAUUCGUGAAUCCUCGUGAUCUAAUAUGUUCGGAGUACAUCCCAUACUUUGAGCACAGGAAGACCAUGAAGUUCAUGGGUGCUUCUAGAAUCGGAAAACGUGCGAGCCAGAUUUCAUUGGGGAGUAUAGCUACAUCAUGGGCAUUGGGGUAUAAGACGGAACCAUAUCACCUCAUUCCGACGGCUUGUGUAGUGAUUAAUAAGAACAUGACCCGAAAGCCUGGGGAUGCCCAUGCACUAGCGCAGUGGUGGACAGAAAGCACUGACCGGGAGACCUUGUUUCACAAGUUUUGAUCGGGCUUUAUGUGAUAGACACAAUGUUAUCACAUGACCACCAGCAAUUCAAUAUUUCCUUGCAUUUGGAAAAGAACACUCAAGUGCAAUGUAAAUAU